AUAAAGUCCAUCUCCCAGUUCCGUCCCGUCUUCUCAAUCUCCCGGCCCGUCUCACAGCAUAAACCUUCCUCAUCUCUUCGACCAUUUCCUUGUUUCCAACUCUCGAUUCGAAUCGCUGCUUUUCAGAAAACAUUGUUCAUCCAUCCUCAUCUGUCUCUCAAUUUCAUAUUUAGUAGUACCCGUCACCCACGUUAGCUCUGCAUCUUUGUCUCGGUCAAAGAAGCACCACCUCAACCACCCCAACCCCAUCGCAGCGCGUUUAAGCGCCGUACCUAUUCUCAGCUCAAGGAAUUGCUCCACACACCAAUCCCGUCCCCCGGUCUUGUCUCUAAACGGCCCGCCGCGUUCCCCAUUUCCCAACCGGAGCCGACGCAACCUGCCUGUUUCCCUCCAAGGAAGCGAUCUAAGAAAAGAAAUCACUCCAAUCUCUUAUUCCGGCCCUCGUGCGUGUGUCGUGCAUAUUUUCGGUGUGGUGGCCUGGUUGCUACUGCAUAUAUCUUUUACCCUUCUCCCGCCUACUACUCGCGUUUACACAUCUAAUCACCCAUCCAACACCCGCGGAUCACCACCCUCUUCUCCUCCUCCAACAGCCACCCAGUCAACAGCCAACAUGCUCGCCAAGACCUUCCUGUUGCUGGCCUCCCUGGCUCUCGUCUCCGCCGCCCCGGCCAAGAGACAAGCCGGCUGCGUCUCCAAACCCUCGGCUCCGACCCUCCCCGUCAACGGCAAUGGCGUCGAACUCCCCGCCCCGGCAGCAGACCUGGUCCUCAAGCACAUCGCCCUAGGCCACGGCAUCCAAAACUACACCUGCACCUCCGUCAACGCGACCGCCAUCACCGCAACGGCAACCGGCGCCCUCGCAGGCCUCUACGACGCGCAACCCCUCUACCCCGCCACCGGCCCCGCCUCCCUCGCCUCCGUCGACAUCUUCAACGGCCUCACCACAAACGUAGUCUGGUCCACCCCUCUGCCCCUCACCUCCGACGGCACCUCCAAAUUCGGCGCCUCCGCCACCUCGCCCUUCCCCGCCAAAGCCGACCUCGUCAUGCCCGGCAUCGCGCCCAUGAAGCAGCUCGGCGUCCACUUCUUCGACAACACGGGCGUGCCCACCUUCCAGGUCGGCGAGGAUCUCUUCAGGGGCGCAAAGCUCAACGGCACAAAGGCCCCGGCCUCCGCUGACGUCGGCCCGGAGAAGACUGGCUCCGUCGACUGGCUUCUUCUCGGCGACAAGGGCGGCAGCAAGGGUGUCACCGCGGUCUACCGCGUCGUCACGGCCGGCGGCGUCGCACACCAGUGUACCACCCCCGGCGCCACCGACAGCGUCCCGUACGCGGCGUACUACUGGUUCUAUGGUCCCAAGGCAUGAACAGAGAGACCUGAAUCUUUCACUGGGAUGACUUUCUAGGAUGAGUCUGGCGUUUAAAAAUCUAAAUCGGUGUUACAACGGCGUUCAACGGUUCUCGGAUACCGAGGUUUCUUUUCACAGGCCCCGGAACAUACUUUUCUUCUUCAUCAUUCACUCACCAAAAUCAUAUUUGGAUCAUAUACCCCCGGCACGGACGGAUCACGGGUUCGGGCUCACUUAAGACAUAAUAUGGCUAUUUACUUACUCCACUCGUGGAGGGGAAAGCAUCGCAGAUAGAUGUUGGGGCUUCAUAUGCUGUCACUCUCACUUUUCUAUUUUCAACUGUAUCUACUUUGGCGUUUGACGGUAUAGAGUCUCAUCGGUGGCAAACAAACUACUUAUUUACAUCUCAC